UCUGUGUAUUCUGUAUAUAUCAAGCCAAGCCUCACAAUGCUGCGUUUACUAAACCAAGUGGCUUAGUAAUUUGCAGUGAUUUCACUGUUCCCACACCUCCCUCUCUGUGGUGGACUCGCUCAGUGAGGCAGUGCAGCACUCAGACAGCUCUGAUGGCAGAGCGGAGCAGGUGGGCUGCAUGAGAGGAGAAACUAACAUCACCUGUUUCGCUAAUCUAGAACAGCGGAGGACAAAAAAAGAAGGAGGAGCAGAGUCUUUGGAGAGCUGAGGUCUCGCUGUGUCUACCGGUCCCGCCCUACUCUCUCUUACAAGCACGCACACAGACACGCUCUCCCCUUGCCUCUCCCUUCUUCCCUCCCUGUUUGUCUCCUCCACUCUCCAAUGCUGGUGUGGUGAACAGCAGGACACUCUCAGCUGAGCUGCAUGGAGGCACAGGGAGGGGCAGGGAGCCCAGAGCCCAACAAAGACAUCCAGAAGCUGCUGAAGCCCUCAAGCUCAGGUGACCUAUCCAAGGAGUUGUUCCAGCACCCAGCAGGGGAGGGGGAGGAGGGUGGCCUGUCAGGGCACACUGCUAGCCUGCUGCACAUCACUGAGAAGAGACAACCACUGAGUAGUGUGUCUUCUUUGGAGGUGCACUUUGACCUCCUGGAUCUGACUGAGCUGACUGACAUGUCUGACCAGGAAUUGGCUGAAGUUUUUGCUGACUCUGAUGAAGAGAACCACAAUGAGUCCCCAGCAGGUAAGGUUCCCACCAGCCUGUGCUGCCCAGAGGUGGGUACACGCGCUCCCCCUCGUGGACACGCUGCAGCAAAGUUGAGCCCCCACGAGAGAGAAAGCACCACAGCGACUCGGACACCGCAGAGCCCUUAAUGAAGCUGGAAAGGCCGAAGCAGCUGUGAUAUCUGAUGUGAAACAGCUGGACCGCAGAGAGAGAGAAAACCCAGAGCCAGAUGGACACAACCAGAGUGGAAACACAACGCGGACCAAGAGGCCCCCAUCUGCCACUGUGCACUCACAUAACGUUUCAUGGUGCUGAACAGUUCAGGUUGAACUCUGGACAACAUGCUCUGUGCUCUAACUAAAGAUGUUGAGAUGUGCAAAACACACACUCUCCUUCUCUCUCCCUCUCCUCUCUCUCGCUCUCUUUCUCACACACACACAAACACACACAAUCAUUGUGGUUUUCAUGCAAGGGGUUCUUAAUGCACUCUGGGCUGCCAGAUGAUUUUAAGCUUUGUUUUUUGAAUGACAGACAGGGUAUGAGGUCAGCAGAAUAAUAACAGCACCUCCAUCCUUACAGCCUCUCAGGGUGGGAAAUAGCCUAGACAGCAAGAUUGGUUCCUAAAUUGUGUCCAUAGCGUGUGGCCAGACCUUCCAUGUGAAGUACAGACACUGGGAUUCACAUUGAAUUACCAGGAUAUGAUUUGAAACAUAAAUCAGCAGAGCUGUUCAAAGUAAAAUAUCACACUGAGGCUACUUAAUGUGUUGGCUUGAAAAUGUGACAGUGUUUUUUUCUGUUGCCUGCAAUGAAGGUUACUUGAUCAGUGAAAGUGGACGUCAGUGAGGCCAUGCUCUUUAUAUCCACAACACAGGGGCGUAAGCACAAAAUUCUGGACCCUGCACGAAAACAUUCUCUAUGGGCCCCUCUCCACAUCCACGGCUAUUCAUUCUAGUAUCUUUGUGGGCCCUCCUCACAUGAGGGCCCUGCAUACUCAGUCCCCUCUGUACCCCCAGUCCUACGCCCCUGCCAUCACACCUUCUUCAUCUUAAUGAAGAAUGUGUGUUAUUAUAAUUGCCUAAAUGAAAAACUUUGCAAUUCUCUCACUGAAUUGUAUUUACAGUGCCCCCCAGAAUUAUUGGCAUUUGGUGCAGAUGACGCAAAAGAUAAACAGACCAAGUAGCAAGCUAUAUGCAACACACUUUUCCAUACUCAAGUACUUUUUUUCCAAAAUAUGUUUAGAUGGAUGUUGUCAGAUUUCUUUGUCGUUUUUAAAAAUGCCAGAAUUGCUGCUGCUAAGGUAAUUAGAGUUGGCCCUGCAAAGUUGGUAGUCAAAUUCCAUUAACUUGAUGGGGAAUACCUGAGGCACUUAGAAAUGAAGGGAGAAUCGCAUCAUAGUCCGGAUGACUUCAGUAAGAUUUGCACGAAUGCCAAAAAUACAACAAAGUGCCAACAAUUUUAUAAUCAUCUUUUAAAAGAUGAAGUUAACUUGUGAUGCAAUAUUUCACAUCUUUCUAAGCAAAGGUCAUAGCUGAUUGCUUGAUUUAUUUAUCUCACGUGUAGCUUGUCUAUACCAGGUGUGCCAAUAAUUAAUAAUAAUGAUGUGACAGAUGGAUCAACAGUGACACUGGGAUGAAUGAAGAAUAAAUAAGUCUUGAAAAAGUA